UCAGAGCACAGGCUGCACAGAGAAGGGAGGCACAGUCUGUAUUGCACAGCCUUUUUAUAUUUUGUAUGAGCACACCGCCUUGAUUUGUGAAGAUGUGGACGACUAUAGGGAAACUGCUGCUUUUACAUAUGAUACUCGUGGGGUGUCUGCUGGUAAACGGAAAUAACCCGGACUGUGAAAGCGGUCAGUUUCAAUGCGGGAAUGGCAGGUGUAUCCCGACUCCAUGGAGAUGUGAUGAUGAUGAUGACUGCUCGGACAACAGCGAUGAGGAGAAUUGCCCAAAAAAGACAUGUGCCACAACAGACUUUGCGUGUAAGAAUGGGCAGUGUGUCCCGGCUCGAUGGAGGUGUGAUGGAGAACCGGAGUGUCCAGAUGGUUCGGAUGAAACAGACUCCACCUGCAGUCGACAGACGUGCCCCCCAGAGAAGUUUGACUGUGGUGGCUCAACAAGCAAAUGUGUGUCAUUGUCAUGGCGCUGCGAUGGUGAACAGGACUGUGAAAAUGGAGCAGAUGAGGAGCAGUGUGCUGCAGAUGCCAAGGCUUGCCCUGCUAAAGAGUUCCAGUGCCAUAAUCGUCUGUGCGUGGCUCCCACGUUUGUCUGUGACGGGGAUGAUGACUGCGGCGACGGCAGCGAUGAGGAGAAGUGCACGGCAGCCACCGCCAGCACCUGCGGGCCGCACGAGUUUCGCUGUAACGACUCCGAGUGUAUCCCAGCGCCAUGGAGCUGCGACGGAGAUCCCGACUGCAGAGACAAGUCGGACGAAUCUUUGGAGCGUUGCAGCCGCAGGACGGAGCCUCAAAAACCCCACUGCACUGCAGGAGAGUUCCGGUGCAGGAGUGGAGAGUGUAUUCACCUCAACUGGAAAUGCGACGGAGAUGUAGACUGCAAGGACAAGUCUGAUGAGACCAACUGUCCUGUGCUGACCUGUCGUCCUGAUGAGUUCCAGUGCGGCGACGGCUCCUGCAUUCACGGCACUAAACAAUGUAACAAAGUGCACGACUGUCCAGAUUUCAGCGACGAGGCUGGCUGCAUCAACAAAACCACCAAAUGUGAAGGUCUGCUGAAGUUCAUGUGUAAGAGCGGGGAAUGUAUCGACAGCAGUAAAGUGUGCGACAGUCUCAAGGACUGCAAGGACUGGUCUGAUGAGCCUGUGAAGGAGUGCGGUCUGAAUGAAUGUGCCAUUAACAAUGGAGGCUGCUCUCACAUAUGUAAGGACCGGCAGAUCGGCUAUGAGUGUGAAUGUCCCUCGGGCUACAAGCUCCUGGACAAGAAGACUUGUGGAGACAUAGACGAAUGUGAGAACCCUGACGCCUGCAGUCAAAUAUGUAUCAACCUCAAAGGCGACUACAAAUGUGAAUGCUAUGAGGGUUACGAGAUGGACCCGGUUACCAAGACAUGUAAAGCAGUGGGUAAGAGCCCUUAUCUUAUGUUUACUAACCGCCAUGAGAUCCGACGCAUUGACCUGCUGAAGAAGGACUAUACGCAGGUAGUGCCAAUCCUGAAGAACGCCGUGGCCCUAGAUGUGGACGUGAACACCAACAAGAUGUACUGGUGUGACCUCUACCAUCGCAAGAUCUUCAGCGCAUACAUCAACAAAGCCAGCGAUGCUUCUCAGCAGAUCACGCUCAUAGACACUGCGCUACAUUCCCCAGAGGGCUUAGCAGUGGACUGGGUCCAUAAGAACAUCUACUGGACCGACUCUGGGCACAAAACUAUCUCUGUGGCGACUGGCGAUGGCAAGAAGAGGAAGGUGUUGAUCCACACAGAGCUUGGGGAACCGCGUGCCAUCGCUGUUGACCCAAGACAAGGGUUCAUGUACUGGUCAGACUGGGGAACGCAGGCGAAGAUCGAGAAAGCCGGAAUGAACGGGGUUGAUAGACAGGUUCUGGUUUCAGAAAGGAUCGAGUGGCCCAAUGGGAUUGCGCUCGAUCUGUCUAGUAGACGACUCUACUGGGUGGAUUCCAAGCUCCAUCUGAUCUCCAGUGUGGACCUGAACGGGGACAACCGUAGAGUUCUGCUGUCCUCCAUGGAUCAUCUCGGACAUCCCUUUGCUCUUACUCUUUUUGAGGACCGGGUUUACUGGACAGACUUGAAGGAUGAGGCUAUCUACAGUGUAAACCGGCUGACGGGACAUGAUGUGGCAAUGCUGGCUCAACAUCUCAACAACCCACUGGACGUGGUGGUGUUCCACGAGCUCCGGCAGCCUCAAGCUCCAGAUACAUGCAACAUGGGGAGUUUGCCCAAUGGUGGCUGUGAGUACCUGUGCCUCAGAGCUCCUCAGAUUACAGACCACUCACCCAAGUACACGUGUGCCUGUCCCGACAACAUGGAACUGGGCCCAGACAUGCGCCGCUGUGUGACAGUCAAACCCAAGACGACAACUUCUGCAAGUACAACCACUACUACGACACCAGAACCUUCUAUUACUGUCACUCCUACAACCACCACUCCAGUUACAAACACAGAUACUCCUACAACAACCAGUACAAUCUCCACAACUACACCUACAGCUACAGUAUCAAGUACAACCAACAUCAGCCCUAGCACCACCACUCAUUCCAGCACCACACACUCCACAGCCACUUCAACCCUAGUGACCACUCAGUCUAGCACUACAUCGCCAUGGAAACAGCCAACCUCCACCCAGACGCCGGCAGAUCACAGACAGACAUCUACAACCAUCACCCACGGCAACAGCAUACAAGGGGCCAAUGGCAAUCUCUCUCAUCGCGCUGGCAGUGGAAAUGACCACUUCCUUCUUGGUAGCAAUAUAACUGUUGCAGUUUUGGGUAUUGUCAUUCCAAUAGUUCCUAUCCUUGCCACAGUGGUCAUCGGCCUGAUGUGUACCGGAGGCUACCUGGUGUGGCGCAACUGGAGGAGACGAAACACCAAGAGCAUGAACUUCGACAACCCUGUUUAUCGCAAGACCACAGAGGAUGACGACGACGAAAUCCACAUCGGCCGCAGCGAGGAGAUCGGCCACGUCUAUCCUGCAGUGAGUGGCAGUGCCAGACAGCCAUACCUAGCACUGCCACUAGGGGGCAGUAUCCCAGACCCCGCAGCUCACUGGUACUCAGGGGCACCUAUGCUCUCCAGCGCAAAGUGAACAAAGAGAGGAAGACAAUCGGAUAGUGAUAAAAAUGUGGGCGGGGCUAAGACAGCGUUCCCUAAGAGAGGGCGUUUUGCUACCUCUUUCGUCACACAUAUUUAUACCCAUAAUUCACCACACAUUUCCAUUCAAAUGUAUGUUUAAUUAGUGUACGGAUUACCAUGUGAGGUUUCAUUAGUCUGUAUGUGUUUCCCAUAGGCUGAUUCCGAAAUCGCGUACUCUCUGAGUAGGUACCAUUUUUAAUAAGUAAAGUAUUUUUCGGACUAUAAGUCGCACCUGAGUAUAAGUCGCAUCAAUCCAAAAAUACGUCAUGAUGAGGAAAAAACGUAUGUAAGUCGCACUGGACUGUAAGUCGCAUUUAUUUAGAACCAAGAACCAAGAGAAAACAGCCACGAGAGGGCGCUAUAUGCUGCUCAGUGUAUACUACAGGGCAUAGAGCGCCCUCUCGCGGCUGAAGAAUUUAAUGUUUUCUUUCUAUUUCUCUUGGUUCAUGUCUCUCGGUUCAUGUCAAAUUAAUUUUGAUAAAUAAGUCGCACCUGACUAUAAGUCGCAGGACCAGCCAAGUGCGCUUAUAGUCCGGAAAAUACGGUAAUUACUUUGCGACCGUUAAAAAAUGUGUUCUAGUAAAUAGUAUGAAUGUGUUUAGUUUGAAUUUAAUCCAGAUGUACUACAUUCGCCAGAUUGUCAUUAUCAUGUGACCUAUCACCCAUUCACUGCCAAUCACAAAUUCUUUCCUCUGGCCUCAUGGGAUAGAAAAGAGUAAAGUUGAUGGGAACUGUUCACCUAUUGUUUUAAGACUACUAUGAAGUGGUACAUACUACUCUUUUCCUUUCCUUUUUUUUUUGCUUACUAUAUACUACAGGAGUAUGCGAUUUUGGGUGCAGCCAUGGUCUUUGGUUUCCUCGAGUUGUGUGUGUGUGAAGCUUUAAAUGCUUUCCUCGUUUGAAAGCUUUGAAAUUGUGCUCUCCCUUUAUCCAAUAGUUGUUGUUGUUGUUCUUUUUAUUAAUUCAGUGCAACUACUUUAGGGAUGAGCAACGAGCACCUUAAAUGACUGGACAAUCUUUUAAUAUAUUCUAAUUUAUUUAUUAAUUUAGGUGUUUGCUGGUAAUUUAUUUGGAUGGUGUAAUGAUUAAUUAAUAUAUUUGCAUAACGGUCGGCCUGGGUUAAAAUCGCUACCAUGGCGCUGUUGAGAGCUGUUAUUCAGAGUGAGGGAUUAUAACAGUGUGAUUUGAACCUCCUGUGCUACAGUCAGCAUGUCAAGCACAAGCAGAGAUAAAGACAUCAGUCGCGCACCAGAAACGGGGCGGGCCGCCCCAGUGGCAUAACAGGAUUCUCUCCAGUGCCACACACAUCGCGCUCUUCAUGGUGUGUGUGUGUGUGGGGCAGGGGAUCUGCAUAUUGGAUGUUUCUGUAGCCGUCUCCUUCUCCAUGGUCCUUCUCAUUUUUUCCUAUGUGUUUAUUUCUCACCCUUUCUCUCAACACGUGUAACUGUUGUUUUUAUUUGCUCUCCGCAGCGCGUGGCGCUCAAUCGGGACGAUGACGGAUUCCCCUGAGGGGAUUCUUGUACUUGCACUCUCCUUCUCCAUCCCUGAAUCCAUGCGUCCUUUAGUCCUCCAUCUCUCCUUCCAUCGAGGAGGUCGCACGAAACAACGCAGCAAGGUGCAGUUAGCCAAAAGGACACAGGAGCACUUGCUCUCCACAGCCGAGAGCUACAAACUGGGUUUGUCUUCUCAUAGUGUCUUUUCCAGCCCUUAAGCCCUCAGUUCAGGCAAUAAUCACUAAUUCUAAAAUUAAACUACUAGCAUCAUUCUUGCUCUGUGUCAGUAGUUAUAAGUAGUGCUGUCUAAUGAUGACUAAAUUCAUAGCUCAUCACGUCAGUAGUUGCUAACAUUCAGUAGCUCUCCUGUAAACCUCGUGCUGUAGUUUUCUCUUUCUUUUAUUAGAAAUAAUUGUAUUACUGGUUAAGCUGGUUGGAGCUGAGCUAUGGCCAUUUUGUCUGGCAAAACUUGUUGGGAGAGAAUUGUGGGCAGUCCAUGCUGUUAGCAUAGGAGAUGAAUAGAAGGAAAUAUGAAAUAGGUUUGGAGAUAGGAUGUGGAAAAUUCAUAUUUGCAGACAUAACACAAAUUCCUCCAUGUGGCUGUUAUGCAUUCAUAUAAUCUCACAAGCAAAUAAUAUACCACAAAAAAUAAGAUUUACCUGUAAAUAAGUCAGAGUCUGUAAUUUUCCAUCCUCCUGCUUACAUAUUUCUAAUGCCAAGACUAGUGUUCCUUGGCGUCUUCCAUAGUCGCUCGAGUCAGAUUGGACCCUUCUAAAAGAUCUGCAGCCACUGUCUGGAGAUGAAGGGUUUCACCUCCCAGCUUUGAGAGGUAAUAAUAUAUUUUCCAUUUUUAUUUAUUUCCAGCACUGGGUCUUCCAUUUUUUUCAAGUUUCUAGUACCAACUAAAAUCUUCCUGCCCAGGCACAUUUAUAACCCCAAAAAUGUAACUCAGGAUGUCAGUUUUUCUAAAAUAAAAUCAGUUAUCGAUAUAAUCUGUGUGGUUUGUUAUCACAAACACGCUUAUAGAUACGGUAGCCAAGGAUUGAUAAUGGCUUAAAUGCUGUUUGUUCAUAUCUACAGUCUAGAUCGCUCCCUCUCAGACACACAAAAAUACACACAUGUUCUCGCACAAACAUAAAUGUGUCUUUUCCGCCCCUACAUUCGUCAUGCCUUGGAGAAAACUCUUAAGCAUUUAGCAUGCUGACAAAGAAGACAUUGUCUGCCAUAUUGGGUAACUUAAUGGCGGGAUGGAUUCGAGUCUUAGAACAAAGCUUUGCUCCUUUGAACAGUCAUUUGUUCAACACGUGGCACAGGAAAUGAGGAGUGCCUGAAUAUAGGCUUCCUGUACAUAUCAACUCUCCAACUCUCUGUGUGUGAUGAAUGAGUGCUUGGUUAUUUCUGUAUCACUGUCAGAGAGACACUGACUGAUUGGACAAUGUAAAAAAAAAAACCUAGCCUAAAUUGAUGGGUCGAAAGGGCUCUGAUGGAUUUAGAAAAGUGGUUAUCCCACUUUGUCCAAGACUAACUGAAAUAAACUAAAAAGAAAAUAUGUAAUUGGUGCCCCCCUGAUAGUUUGCUAUUUGUUCUGGUUGAGAACCACUGAUUUAUAGAUCCUAAAGACCAUUAAGGCCAUCUUAACUACAUCUAAACCAUCUAAAACCAGCAAAAAAUAAUAAUAACUUAGGCUGGGUUAAGAUUUUCUAGCAGGGAUCAAAACUUGACAUGUGAAAGUAUGUUUCUUUGUUACUGGGGUGUGAUGUUAGAUCAGAUGGUUUUGAAGAACUAGGGAGUUGCCCUUUGUUGGAGGCUACCGAAAGUCCCUUAGAUGUAUGGUUGGUUCUGGCCCGCAUGUGGCUGGUCUCGGAGAUGUAUGGUUGGUUCUGGCCCGCAUGUGGCUGGUCUCGCAUCUGGAGCCACCUUUGCUCUUCUCUGCUGUGAUGAGGCAUCUUGUGUGUGGUUCUUGUGAAACAUCCCUCCACAUUUCAAAGAAUCCUCCAUUAAGUCACUGUUUGCUUUCCAUUAGGAAGAGAGACCAUGUGGGAGUUUCGUUGCUCAGGCUUUUGUCUGUGAAGAUUAAAGAAGCUCUAGUCUGUACUUGAUUUUCUGAUCAAAUAGGCGUGAGAUGUCUUCACUGAAGACAUGUUUUGGAGAUAACAGACCUAUUGUCGUCGAUAUUAUAAUUUGAAUCUUCAUUCAUCCUUAACCAUUUCUCAAACGGUGUAUACAGUAUGGAAAGUAUAAUGGAUGAAUGGACUUUGGAAGCAGUAGCAGUUUAGAUGUUUUGAGUACUUUUAAAAAAAAAUAACGGUUCUGAAAAAGUGAAACUUUAGUUUUCGAUUUGAGAAUCUAAGACUAGCAAUACAGGGUAAUCAAACUGCUUAAUGUGCUUUUUCAGAACUUUCAUGUCAUAAAUUAUUGUUUGAUUUAUAAAUUUGUUUUCUUCAGAAGCGCCUUCCAUGGAUUUAUUAGAUCUAGUUUGCUGGUAUUUUGGGCACAUCAGCUGGUUUCAGCUGAAACCAACUGAGCACCAGGCUAGGAGACCAACUAAAAUAAAAAUAUAAAGAUUUUGGGCACUUUUUAGACUGGUUUAGAAUGGAAGGCAAGCUUUCUUGACCAGCUAAACCAACUGGACACCAGGCUAGGAGACCAACUAAAAUGAGAAAAAAAAAACAGCCUAAACUGGUUUCAGAUGGAAUUUGGACACUUAUCAGUUGGUUUAGGCUGGAAGACAAGCUUGUUGAACAGCUGAAACCAACUGGACACCAAACAAACUAAGACCAGAAACUGGUUUUAAAUGGAUUUUAUGCCCUUGCCAGUUGGUAAGGUUGGCAAACCAGCUUGCUGACCAGCUAAACCAACUGAAAAUCAGCAUAGCCAUCCUGGAAGACCAGUUAAGAAUAACAAAUAAGCUUAGGCUGAUUUAAUCAGGGUUUUUUUUUAAUCAUGAAUGUUUCUUUCUCCUGACCCCAAACUCAUCAUAGUUUUGAGAUGCUACUCUAGAGUUAGUGCAAAAAAAAAAUAGUUGCAUUGAGCUCUCUAGCUGUCAAGGUUUUUACAAACAGAUCACUUAGUUUAUUAUAAUUUAUAAACACAUGUUCAGUCUGGUCACAGAAGGUUCUAGAACAGGCUUUUAGACCUUGGAUUUUCAGCCUCUCUGUACAGUAGAUAACAAGCAGUACUUCAUGACUGUUCUCCAUCAUUCUUACUCUAUGCAUAUGUAACGGCGAGUCCUGCCUUCCUUUAGCACUGCAGGGAUUCGCCACGCUGCUCCUUCACCCCACUCCACUGUGACUAACAUUCGUAAUAUCCGUAACUCCUCCUCAUCACCGUCUACCUGUCAUCCACAUCGGCCCAACGUUGCUUUUGAAAGGGCUACCAUUCUUUUAAAACGGACGAUAUGCCGAAACCUCUCCUGGAACAGUGCUGUUUAGUUUGGUGGACUUGUAGAGCUGAACCACUGAAGAGUCAUGAUAACAUUCCCGUCUGUUCUCUUUGUGACCUGUGGGAGAAAAAAACGGUUUGCCCCUGAGAUCAUGUUGACAAAAGUGUAUAUUACUUGAAGAACUGUUCAUAUUUUGUAUGGUUUGUAGGGGGGAGGAAGGAGGGCCUGUCAUUCCUGUCAUUUGAGGAAACAUGCGUCCAUAGCUGUAUGGAGACAUUUUGUACGCUGUUUGUUGCACAAACUUUUUCAAGAAGCCUUCUGCACUGUAUAAAUGAUUACAUAGGAUGGGGGGAGGGGUAGCCGUUGCAGUCCAAUGAGUCUGAAUCAUGAUUUGUAAAUAUGUUUUCAUACAGCAAAACUUUUGAUAAGGUUUUAAACUUUUCUUGUAAAAUGAAGAUGUGUAUAUUAGUCUCCUAGACAAAAAAUGAGUGUAGACCAUAUGGAUUUAUAUGUACUCAAAAGCACUGGAUUUCUUUACUACUUGAUUGUAACUAAAAAUUAACAAUCUGCCAAAGUGUUUGUAUUUAUUUUUCUUCCUCCCGUUCUUAAUUUUAUUUUUGCAUUUUAACCGCAAACAUCGCAGAAAUAGUGUUUAAUUUGUACUUGUACCUUUAUUUAUUAGAUACAUUUAAUUGAAAUUCUAUUUAAUAGAUUAGACUUAGUGUUGAAAGAGAGGGUUACAGUUUAAUUUAUUGGUGCCUUGUAUGUGUUCAUGUAUUUUUUCCUAUAAUGUUAUGUUUUGUUUGCUUUUCUGCUGUCUGUCAGUGGGUCGGAGGUGGUGGGAACAGGGAGGGGGUUUUAACAUUAGCAAAACUGUACUUACAUGGAAUUUCUGUACUGUAUGCCAAAAUGGUCACACUCACGUUUCUAUGAAAUUCAAGUUGUUGAUAAAUAUCUAUAUAUUGAUAUAUUAAAUUGUUCAAAAUA